AUGGUACGCCGCCAUGGACUCUCUGUGUCUUCACUACCGUUGAGUGGAGAAAUGAGCGACCACAUGCCAACAUCAGAAUCCCACGUUUCUACAAUUUUGACUUUUGAUCCUCUCCUCCGCGUCUCCAUCGAACUCACUUCACCACAUCACAAAGAACUCCUCUACAGCAGCCUUCUCCACAUCCUCCACAAUUCAACUCCUCUACAGCAGCCUUCUCCACAUCCUCCACAAUUCAACUCCUCCACACUCACAUUUUCUGAUCAUUUUCAAUAA